CUUGUUAUCUUUCUUCCAAACUCUUUUCUUUUUCAAAGGUGUCCAAGAUACAUACAACCACAGAAUCUAACACAGAAUCUAACCAGUGUCUCAGAAUUCUUCCUCCUGGGCCUGUCAGAUGAUCCAGAACUGCAGCCUUUGCUCUGUAUCCUGUUUCUGUCCAUGUACCUGGUCACUGUGCUGGGAAACCUGCUCAUCAUCCAGGCCGUCACCUCUGACUCCCACCUCCACACCCCCAUGUACUUCUUCCUCUCCAACCUGUCCUUGGUUGACAUUGGUUUCAUCUCCAGCACUGUCCCCAAUAUGAUUGUGAACAUCCAAACUCACAGCAGAGUCAUCUCCUGUGAAGGCUGCCUGACUCAGAUGUCUAUUUUUAGCCUUUUUGGAGGCAUGGAUUGCACGCUCCUGACUGCUAUGGCCUAUGACCGGUUUGUGGCCAUCUGUCAUCCACUGCACUACACGGCCAUCAUGAACCCCUGCCUGUGCUGCUCCUUAGUUUUGGUGUCUUUCUUGGUUAGCCUUUUGGAGUCCCAGGUGCACAAUUUGAUUGUGUUACAACUUACCUGCUUCAAGGAUGUGGAAAUUUCUAACUUCUUCUGUGACCCUUCUCUGCUCCUCGACCUGGCCUGUUCUGACACUGUCACCAAUAACAUAGUCAUGUAUUUUGUUGGUACCAUCUUUGGUUUUCUCCCUUUAUCAGGAAUCUUUUUCUCUUACUAUAAAAUUCUUUCUUCCAUUCUGAGAAUCCCCUCAACAGGUGGGAAAUAUAAAGCCUUCUCCACCUGUGGCUCCCACCUGGCAGUUGUUUGCUUAUUUUAUGGAACAGGCCUUGGGGUGUACCUCAUCUCAGCCAUCUCACAAUCUCCCAGGAAGGAUGUGACAGCAUCAGUGGUGUACACUGUGGUCACCCCCAUGCUGAACCCCUUCAUCUACAGUCUUAGGAACAGAGACAUCAAAAGGGCCAUGUGGAAAUUGUUCAGCAAAAUAAUCUCAUCUUUGUACCUGUGCCACCCAUUUGGAGUGUAUAAGGUUGAAAAAUGCAGCAAAAUUAACAUCUAG